CAAACAUAACUUAAGGUUGCCACCCAUAGAGUUGUAGAGUGCGUGGAAAAAUUUGUCAACUAAAAAUUCAGUACGAUUAAAUUUCUAACAAAAUGUCACGUCGUUCUUUAUUUGAUGUAGAUGAUGACCAACAGUUUCAUAAAAUGGCCAGCGGUGAUGCGGUAAACUAUCCUAAGAAAAAGAGCACAGAUGGCUUUUCGGAAUAUGAUAUCCAAAGAUCGUCCUCCAGCGCUUUUCGAACCGUGAAUGAACCGCACCCAAACCCCACACCCUCCAAGUUCCGCAUCGACAAUGUUGUUCAGGACUUUGGACUCGAGGGGAAUCCUGAUCCCAAAAACCGGCAAAUGACACCUCCAAGUUCAUCAAGGAAUGUCAAGAGUCGACGAAGGCCCAACGAAGGAAAAAUAUCUCCAAAUGUGCGUCAAACUGUUCCAAAACCUACCGUCGGUGCAGAACCCUCACCGCUAAUGGAAUCGGAUUCGAUGUUUGAUCGCACUUUUCGUCCCUUAACACCCAUCGCUGAGACCUUGGUGGAUAAGUAUGAUACAGAUCUGCUGUCGUCAGAGGAUAUUUGGAAAAGUUAUAUGGAUAUGAAGAAGGGGCUUAUAAAGCCCUCGGAUGCAGUAUAGCCUUUGUGUUGCAUGGCGAAUUCGGAGCCUUCCAAAACUCCGCCUCCGAGUUUAUCGGAAUCUCCAAAUUCCAACGAAUUCCCUCCGAAAACAGUUCGAGUUAACAAAAACCUAUAUAAAAAGAAUACUUCUGAAACUGGUUUUGGGAGGAAAAUCGGAGAAAAUGAGCAGCGGGUCUUGGAUCAAUGGAUAGAGUCGGAGGGGCUCAACGGGUCCUAUAAUGAUAGAGAAGAAUGGGAUUCAAAGGAAAAGGUCGAUAGUGACGCCCAAAAGCCUCAGAUUCUGGACAAUGAAGAUGUCGCCGUUGCUAACUUUAUCAUUGGAAUCGAAGAGGAGCGGGCCAUCAAGGAAUGGAUAAAAUCGGAGGGGCUCAACGAACCCCAUAGUGAUAUAGAAGAGUUCGAUAUGUUAUUAAGCCUAGCCAGAGAUCAUGAGAAGAAUCAUGAUCUUCUGAUGGAGUUACUAAAGCCCAAGGAUCUUAUCUCCCAGGAAAAGGAUGUUUGGAAAAAGUUUUCUCCAAAGGUGUUUAAAAUGCCGCAAAAACCUGAUUCCGUAGAGCCUGAGUUGUGGAAACCCCCACCCAACGAAAAGGUUUCCGUUGAAAA